AUGUCUAUAUCUUCAUCUUCCUCUGCGUUUUUAGCCCCACCCCACAUCAGUUCCAGAUAUCAUUUCUUUGUUCACCAAAUAAUCCGUACUGGGGAUGCUGCACGAGGGACACUGACCCAAUUGGUUAAGUUUGCUAAGGACAAUGGGUCAAUCAUUGUUUAUGACUCUGCAUACCCUUUAUAUAUCAAUGAUAACCCUCGUUCAAUCUUGAAUUCCAGGAGCCAAAGAGGUAAUUCUACAGUUGCAAUGGACGGCUCAUCCUUUAGCAAGUAUGCUUGGGUUCACUGGAGUCGUCUGGGUUGGACUGUGAUUCCAAAACAGCUUUUCUUUUCUGAUGGAUUUCCUGUUUGCCAGGGAUUCAACCGAUUGGCUUUGCCUGAGGUGAUUGGUUUCUACAAAGAAAUACCAAAUCAUCAUGGAACCUUUACUUCACUUGGUUUAAUGUGUAUGAGAAAUUUUAAAGAAUGUAUAAAUAACGGAAAUUGUCAUAUUCUGCAGCCAUUGAGAGCUGCAAUUGCUUCAGCAUUUUAUAAGGACCUUGGCAUAGAUGAAGGUGAUAUAUUUGUUUCAGAUGGUGCAAAAUGCGACAUAUCUCGGCUUCAGGUUGUUUUUGGUUCUGAUGUUACUAUGGCGGUUCAAGAUCCAUCAUACCCGGCUUAUGUAGACUCAAGUGUCAUUAUGGGCCAGACUGGAGAUUUUCAAAAGAAUUUGGAGAAGUAUGGAAAAAUUGAAUACAUGAGAUGUUCUCCAGAGAAUGGCUUCUUCCCUGAUUUAUCAACUGUUGGUCGAACAGAUAUCAUAUUCUUUUGUUCACCAAAUAAUCCUACUGGGGCUGCUGCAACGAGGGAACAACUGACCCAAUUGGUUAAGUUUGCUAAGGACAAUGGGUCAAUCAUUGUUUAUGACUCUGCAUAUGCCAUUUAUAUAUCAGAUGAUAACCCUCGUUCAAUCUUUGAAAUUCCAGGAGCCAAAGAGGUUGCAAUUGAGACCUCAUCCUUUAGCAAGUAUGCUGGGUUCACUGGAGUCCGUCUGGGUUGGACUGUGAUUCCAAAACAGCUUUUAUUUUCUGAUGGAUUUCCUGUUGCCAGGGACUUCAACCGAAUUGUUUGCACUUGCUUUAAUGGUGCAUCUACUAUCUCUCAAGCUGGUGGCUUGGCUUGUCUUUCGCCAGAAGGCCUUGGGGCUAUGCAUGAGGUGAUUGGUUUCUACAAAGAAAAUACCGAAAUCAUCAUGGAUACCUUUACUUCACUUGGUUUUAAUGUGUAUGGAGGUAAGAAUGCACCAUACGUGUGGGUUCAUUUCCCCGGCCGAAGCUCAUGGGACGUGUUUAGCGAGAUUCUCGAGAAAACCCACGUGGUUACCACACCUGGUAGUGGUUUUGGACCCGGUGGUGAAGGUUUCAUCAGGGUCAGUGCCUUCGGCCACAGAGGGAAUGUCUUAGAAGCCUGCAAAAGGUUCAAGCAGUUGUACAAGUGAAUCAAGGUACCUGACUAGUUUUGCCUCCAAUAUAAACCGAAGAUGAAUGCCAAAUGUUCUUGUAUGAUUAAUGAAAUUAUUAUCUUCCUUUUUGGCGAUCUAGAUUGCAUUGAAACUGCCACAAAAUUGUUAAAGAGCAUUAGUAGUCUGGGAUAAUUUUCUAGUUAGGGUAUUCGGAACUUUUGCAAUUUGGUUUUAAAUAAACGGGGCGAGAAUGUACAAGGUUUCGUCAUAUAUGCAGGCUAUAUUUCCAAGGACCA